UUUUAUGAGUUUGUCCAGAACAGAUACCAGUAGUCAUGGUAGUUGAACACGAAAUGAGAGAAUAGGAACGAACCUGAUGUAGCCGCAAUUUGCACCAUGGCUUCUGGAACGCCAGGAGUAGACGAGCUGAUUCGAGAGUAUCUCCUAUUUCGUGGAUUCACCAACACCCUGCGAGCUUUUGAGACGGAGAUAAAAAAUGAUAAAGACAAGACUUUCCGUGCUGAUCGCAUAGUUGAACAGCUGCAGUCAUACAUUCACAGUUUUGACAUUGUCGCCGUCAGAAACCUCUGGCAAUAUCUGGACCGGCGAUUUUUCUCCCGGCUGGAACACGCGUAUGCGUCGUCGGUGAAGCGUCUUGAAACAUGUCUCCUCCGCUACUACCUCGUGAACUGUUGCUCGGCCAAUCGAUCCGACCGUAUUCACGAUUUCUUUGAGCGCUACGCCACGGAGCUGCAGCCCCAUCCAGAGUGGAGAGAGUGGUUUGCGCUACCAUUCACACGUAAUCCAGAUCAGGAGAGAGUGUUUGCUGUCUAUUUCAGCCGGUCAUGGCUUGACUCAGUGGUCAUGUCACUGUACAAUCUACUCAGCGUGAUCUUCGACAAUAUGCCUCUUCCAGCGUUACUGCAAUAUUUUGACGACCAGCGUAGGAUACACAAGCUCUCGGAAGAGGUGGAAGGCUUGCGUCACGAGCUGCACAUCCUGCACUCGCAGCAGCACCAGCAUCUAGUGGAUCUCGAGAGUCAACAGGCAUCCGCUAAACGUGCCGCUCAGCGAAGUCGCCUCUCUGCGCCGCCUCAGCAAUCGGUUGAGACGAAGUCCACUUCCUUCUCCACGGCUGGUAGCACAACGACAGUGACUGAAUCACGUGAUAUUGAGGCUAGUCCACCGGCCACAAGUCAGGUAGCAGUCAGCCACCAGCCAAGUCAAGCUACCGCUGCCAAUCUGAGUACAGCUGGAGGCGCGGGUAAAGCUGCGACGUCAGCAGAUAACAGUACGAGCUCAUCGACAACCGUUCAUUUACCUGCGGCCUCGACUGAUGCCGCUACUGCUGCGGGGAAAGCGUCUGGAGCCGUGUCUCCCAUUGCUAUCACGGAUGAUUUCUUCAAGUCAGCUAAUGCAAAUUCACGCGCAGCCGGCAGCGGUGGUAACUCACCCACGCAGCCAGCCGGUAGCACGACAGCCAAGUCUCCACUACCAUCGCACCCAUCCCUAUCCGCGCAAUCUUCCCGCCAGUCUCACAGCCACACUCCUACACGCCGUGCCGACUCAUCACCAGCAUUAGGCAAAUCUCCUGCUACUCCGUCGUCGGUAGUCCGGGCGCUAACAAACUUUGUAUUACCGUCAAACACUGACAGUACUACGCCAGUUAACACUACCAGCAGUGGCAGUACAACUAGGCACACACCCUCUGCUGGCAUAUCAAGCAGUCAGUCUUUUGAUUCUAAUAUUGCAGCUGCGGUGGGUGGUGCAUCGACCGGUAGUGCUGCAAGCACUGCCACGACUGCUGGCCAGCGAGGUGCACAGACACCGGAGCACCGCGUCAGAACUCACUCACAACCGACGCCAUCAGCACCGACCACCACUCCUGGUGUGUUUAUACCGGGUAUAACAAACUCUGAUAAGCCGAGUUCAGCCACGCUUCCCCGGGGUCAGUCACACCGCUCCCCGGCCACAAGUCCCAGCGGUGCGGUUUCCACAGCUGCUGGCACUGGUGUCGGUGUGGAUGGCAUGGCAGGCAGCACUGUCACUGCUACUUCAUCAGCUACCACAGGCACCCCUACUGCCAUGGUCGCCAAUCCACUGGCUGUACAAGAAACAAGUGCAGUUACACAACGUGCAUACACGGAGGAGGAUUCUCCAUUCAUCUUUCUUAGCGAGGAGACGUACAUCGAGCAUCGUGCCAGCGUCACAAAGUGCCGUUUCGCACCGGGUGGCUCCUGUGUAGCAAGCUGUGACAUUGAAGGUGUUGUAAAAGUUUGGUCACCAAAUCCCUGUCGUACUGUUUCCACUGUGAUGGCUAAGAAUCCGGUCAUGACAAUAGACUGGAUGGCUGCUGGUGCUGCUGCCAGUAAUAACAAUGUGUUACUGCUCGGCUAUGGCAAUGGCAAGGUGCGUAUGUAUGAUGUGGGCACCAAGCUGAACACGGCUGAGUUUGAGGCAUCGGCCGAGUAUCCACGCGUUGUCUCGCUAGCUAGUACGUACAGCUCAUCUGGCACUGUGAUUGCCGUGGGCUCUGCUGGUGCUGCCACCACAGCGUCACUGGCCCAGGAACAACAGGCUGCUUCUUUGGUGGCUGGCGCAGCUCACUCACCGCAGCAUCAGGCGUCCGCCCGUCACCACCGUCUCUCGCUGACGCGCUUGUUCUCCAGCUCGUCGUCCAGUUCGUCUGUAGCAGUGGAUACAGGUUGCGGACAGCUGUCACUGUGGGAUGCGCUCAACACCACUAUGCUGAUGCCCCUGACCCUAGACCCAGCACCGACGUGCAUCAACACAUUGCAGUUCAAUCACCAAGGCAACCUGCUGGCGUGCGGCUCUGCCGAUGGAAUGAUUCGUAUAUUUGAUAUCAACACCGGAGACUGUCUGGUUGGCUGGCAUGCACACAUGGGCCAGGUCUACAGUAUUGGAUUCCACCGCGAUGAGAACUCUCUUUUUUCGCUGGGUCACGAUGGCAAGUUCAACCAGUGGAGUAUCCGGCAAGUUGCACAGAAGAUCAACGAGAUCCCACUGGAUACGAGUGUGAUCGGUGGACUGCAAAUGGCAAUCUCCGCUGGACCAUUCACCUAUUCGCCGUACAACAGUUUGUUUCGACUGGAUGAUGACGGCGACCAUAUACUGACGUCCACCGCCAACCAGGGAUCAAUAUUUCAGCUGUGUGAUGCGUCAUCGUCCACACUUAGCAAUGUGCUACCACGUAAAGCGGUGACACUGCGUGGACACGCCGCACCGGUGGUCGGCAUAGACUGGAACACGGCACUGAGCUGCAGCACGUGCCUGAGCAGUGCACAGGACGGUAGCAUCUACGUGAGUACGCUACUCAAACAGUAGUGUGCCUGUGUGUGUGGUCCCAUCAUCAAGCUACGACUCUGGUGUGACUGUGCAGCGGCUCGGGUGGAACGGCAUGCCGUGACAUGAGUUGUACACUUCAUUCAUCCGCAGACACACUCACACUAAGUACAAUCCUGUCAUGUGCAACCCCGUCGGCAGCACAGUGAGUCGUCGAGUAAUCUCAUGACACCAGUGGUGCUGGAUCUCCAGCCAGUGCCUCCUUGUCUUCACACACUCAUGGGGUUUUAACAACAUUGUAGGAAUGUGUUGAGAUUUCAACGUGUUACUCCCUUUUGCGUAUCACUGAGACCAUAUUGCUGUCAUGUUGUUUUCGCACCGAAAAUGAAUACAUUGUGAGCAUCUUUUUUUUUAAUCCUCUACGUCUAAAUGUGUUGUUGAUGUGACAAAGAACUUUUUACAGAACUCAUGAAAUCAUCAAAUUUUUUAAUGUGUUUGCACCAUUUUUACUCGCCGCAUCCGCCGUUUCGCGCAGCCGAGAAUGUUUAUAUCACUGAGUCUGAGACACCCCCCCCCCCACACACACACACACACCUGUAGCUGUGCACAAUAUAUCUGUCUAAAUCGAAAUCGAAUUGCACAUGUCAGAGACAUCAUCAAUUUCCACGUCCACUUAUCUCACUUGUUGUGCUGUUCUGCUUUUGUUGGUGAUAUUUUGCAUUCACACCUUUGGCCAUGGCCUCGAUUUAUUUCUACUUUACUUUCAUUUUUUAAACAGAUUUUACCACAUUUUAGGGCAAAGAUGCUAGGAAUUAUCAGACUCUUCAAAGAGAGCAUCAAGCUUAAGCCAAACUUA